AUGCUGCUCACCAUAUUACUGUAUGCUGCUGCGGUCGCCGGCGCAGCUAUCAAAUCGGCGACUGUGAAGCUCGAUGGCGCAACAGUUGUCGGGACGAGCGACGGCACCGUCACGCAGUUCCUAGGCAUCCCCUUCGCCCAACCCCCCGUCGGGAAACUGCGACUGCAGCUCCCCCAGCCCAUGCGCAGAUACAGCGGUGUCAUCAACGCGACGACGUUCGGAAACCAGUGUCUGCAGCAGACCAUCCCGCCCGCGGUGUUCCCAAAUACCACUGCGCUCCCGGCGGCGAUUACUCCUUUCAUAGCGGCCAUGGCUGUGCCCCCGCCGGUACCCCAGAGCGAGGACUGCCUGAACCUCAACAUCAUCGUCCCUGCAGGUACGAAGCCUGGGGACAAGCUCCCUGUCGCUGUUUGGAUCUUCGGAGGCGGAUUUCAGAUUGGCUCCAACGCAGUACGUCCAGGGCAAAACGUCGUAAAUCGCUCGAUCGAGAUUGGACACCCUGUCAUUUACGUCUCGAUGAACUACCGGUUGAGCGCUUUCGGCUUCUUGGGAGGGCGUGAGAUAGCGAACGCAGGCCUCGGCAAUCUUGGGCUCCAGGACCAACGCGAAUCUCUUCGUUGGAUUCAGGAGCACAUCGGUGCUUUCGGCGGCGAUCCGACGAAAGUGACAAUCUGGGGGGAGAGCGCCGGAAGCCAGUCCGUCGCAUUCCAUAUGCUCACGAACGGCGGGAACACCGAGGGCCUGUUCCGCGCAGGGUGGAUGGAGUCGGGUUCGAUCUCCCCGGCGGGCAACGUCUCGAAGAUCCAGCCCAACUUCGAUUUCAUCGCGUCCGAAACCGGCUGCGCUGACGAGAUAGACAUUCUGGAGUGCCUUCGCGAGGUCCCCGCGAGUGUCAUUCAAGCCGCCAUGGACAAGACGGCGACAUUCUUGUCCUUCCAGGCUCUCGAUACGCCAUGGAUGCCGCACGCGGACGGACUGUUCUUGGUGGAUAACCCCCAGCGCCUUUUGUUGGAAGGCAAAAUCGCCAACAUACCUUUCGUAAUCGGCUCCUGUAAAGACGAAGGGACGCUCUUCUCCCUUGCCUCGCUCAAUCUCACUACUUCAAACGAAGUGGGAGCGUACCUCAGCAGCAACUACUUUCCGAAUGCGCCGAAGGAGAAUAUCACGCGGUUGCUCGAUCUGUACCCCUCCAACCCCGCGCUUGGUUCUCCCUUUGGAACCGGGGACGCGUUCGCGUUCUCGCCCCAGUACAAACGUCUCUCAGCCUUCCAUGGCGAUUUCCUCUUCCAGGCGGCGCGUCGCCUGCUCCUCCAACAGCGCUCUGGGAAGCAAGUCAUGAGGUCGUUCCUGAGCGAGCGCAACCAAGUCACGGGAAUGGGCGCGACGCACACCACCGAACUCGCGAACGUUUUCUUCGGGGGAGACAUGACCGAUUUCCUCGUCCGCUUUGUGCACACCCUCGACCCGAACGGCGGCCAAGAGCUUCAUUGGCCCGCCUACACCGCCGAGUCGCCGCAACUUCUCCUCUUCGCCAAUGGCAAGAAGUCUCUAAAGAUCAUUCCAGACACGUUCCGGAAGGAGGCGAACGAGUUUCUGGUACAGCUGAGCUUCGAGCAGCCCGACUGAUGUUGAGCCAAUCCUGUAGUCUGGCUGCGGAUUUAUUGUGAUGUAGUAUGCGUAUGCCUCAUAUGCCCCUUGUCCCUUUGUAUCUGCUCUCUUCUCAUCCUUAGUACUUACGCCUGUU